AUGACAGAGACAUUGAAUGUCAUAGUCAAUGAUGGAUCAAGUGUAGGCGCUUAUACACUUGAUCUGAUUGCGCCUCCGAAGUUGACUUCGGAGAUCACUCAGUUACCAACGCUCGAACAUAAAAGGUUCUUGCGUGAUCUGCGUAGUGGCAGAGUCAAGCAGAUCUGCGUACUCGUCGCUGACGACGAGUGUGUAGCCGACAUAAGGUCAGCAACAGUGUUUACUGAGAACGAGAGAGUUCUCAGUAGUUCAUCGAAGAACGAGAGUGUCCUCGAUGAAAAGACACGAGUUGAGCGAUAUGACUCCCAAUCGUGGGAAUCGCUCAAGAAAAAUCCUCUCUAUGAAGAUUUGGUUGAAUUCAAGGAUGUAUUCCCUGAAACUGUUCCGUGCGAGUUACCGAAGGAUAAAGGUAUUCGACACGAGGUCGAGCUUAAACCAGGCUCGAAGUACUGUGUCAUGAAGCAGUGGCCACUGCCUCGUGAACAAGUACUUGCGAUCGACAAGUUCUUUGCCGAUCGUUUAGCAGCGGGCCAUGUGAGGGAAUCAACUUCCCCACAUAGCUCUCCGACCUUCUGUGUGCGAAAAGCAACAGGAGGAUGGCGGAUAGUGCACGCGUUUAACAAAUUGAACGCUGCAACGGUACCGGCUCAGACGCCGAUACCGAGGAAGGACGUAAUCAUUGAUGGUAUGUCAAAGAGUACCAUCUUUUCGUCCAUGGAUUUGAUGGAUGGCUUCUACCAAAUCCUUAUGCGGGAAAGGGAUAUACCCUAUACCGCAGUUAGCACGCCUAGCGGCAUGCUCUGGGAAUGGCUAGUAAUGCCACAAGGGCUCAGUAAUGCCCCUGCCACGUUCAACAGGUGUGUAUCACAUCUGUUGAGGCCAGUACGAGAAUUCGCGCCGAGUUAUUUCGAUGACGUAUUCAUCCAUAGUCGAGCUAUGGAUGGAAAGUCGGACGUUGAGGUUCACAAGUACCACGUCCGACAAGUUCUUACAAUCAUGCGAAAGCAUCAAUUGUAUGCUAACCUCAAGAAGUGCAUAUUUGCAGCAAGCGAAAUACCACUUCUUGGGUGCAUCGUUGGUAAGAACGGUGUACGUCCUGAUCCCGAAAAGAUCAAGGCGAUCACCGACUGGCCUGUGCCGGUUGAUGUCAAAGGUCUUCGAUAA